AUGGAGCCGCAGCCGGGCGGCGCCCGGAGCUGCCGGCGAGGGGCCCCCGGCGGCGCCUGCGAGCUGGGCCCGGCGGCCGAGGCGGCGCCGAUCAGCCUGGCCAUCCACAGCACCACGGGCACCCGCUAUGAGCUGUCGGUGCCGCCCGACGAGACCGUGGAGGGGCUGCGCAAGCGGCUGUCCCAGCGCCUUAAAGUGCCCAAGGAGCGCCUGGCGCUGCUCCACAAGGACACCCGGCUCAGUUCGGGGAAGCUGCAGGAGUUCGGAGUGGGGGAUGGCAGCAAGCUGACGCUGGUGCCCACCGUGGAGGCGGGCCUCAUGUCCCAGGCCUCAAGGCCAGAACAGUCUGUGAUGCAGGCCCUGGAGAGCUUGACCGAGACCCAGCCCCCAGCGGCGCCCGGGCCGGGCCGGGCUGGCGGAGGCGGCUUCCGGAAAUACCGAUUCAUUUUAUUUAAGCAUCCGUGGCACCGACAGGGACCCCAGAGCCCAGAGAGGGGCGGCGAGAGGCCCCAGGUUAGUGACUUCUUGUCCGGCCGUUCACCGCUGACCCUGGCCCUGCGCGUCGGUGACCACAUGAUGUUCGUCCAGCUGCAGCUCGCCGCCCAGCAUGCCCCACUACAGCACCGCCACGUGCUGGCAGCUGCCGCUGCUGCAGCUACAGCUACCCGUGGAGACCCCAGCAUAACCACCCCCGUGUCCUCCCCGUGCCGGCCACUGUCCAGCACUGCUCGAGUCCCCCCGGUGCCCACCAGCCCCGCCUCUGCGUCCCCUUCACCUGUCACCGCCGGUUCCUUCCGGUCUCACUCAGCUCCCACCACCUGCCACGAGCAGAUGGACUGUUCCCCGCCUGCCAGCACCAGUGCCAGCCCCAUGUCCACCCCAGGGGGCAGCCCUGCUUCCCGCUCCCGAAAACCCGGCGCUGUCAUUGAGAGCUUCGUGAACCACGCCCCAGGGGUCUUCUCAGGGACUUUCUCCGGCACGCUGCACCCCAACUGCCAGGACAGUAGUGGACGGCCGCGUCGGGACAUUGGCACCAUCCUGCAGAUCCUCAAUGACCUCCUGAGCGCCACAAGGCACUACCAGGGCAUGCCCCCAUCCCUGACCCAGCUGCGCUGCCACGCGCAGUGUGCACCUGCCUCGCCUGCCCCGGACCUCUCCCCCAAAACUACCUCCUGCGAGAAGCUGGUAGCCACCACCCCGUCCUCGCUGAGCCAGGUCCGCAUGUGCAAGCCCCCUCUGGGGGACCGGCUGCGUCAGACAGAAAACCGUGCCACCCGGUGCAAGGUGGAGCGCCUGCAGCUACUUCUCCAGCAGAAAAGGCUCCGCAGGAAGGCCCGGCGAGACGCCCGCGGCCCCUAUCACUGGCCACCCAGCCGCAAGGCGGGCCGCAGUGACAGCAAUGGCGGUGGGGGGGGCGGGGGCCCCAGCGAGGCGGCAGGCUUGGGCCUCGACUUUGAGGACUCCGUCUGGAAGCCAGAAGUCAACCCUGACAUCAAGUCUGAGUUUGUGGUGGCCUAGGAACCGCGUUCCUCGCUCUGGCCCAGGGUGGCCGCCAGCCUUGCCCGGUGUGGGAGAGCCGGCCGCCUCACGUUGGGAAACCCCUUCCCCAACCUGCCUUUUUUAUUUUAUUUUAUUUUUUUUAAUUUCAAUUCUUACCAUGGUUUUCCAGACUCUCGGUGGGCUUGGGUUCCUGCCUCCUUCCUCAGCUCAGUUACUGGCCUCGUCCCCCCUUGCCUGAUGCCUUUCCCUCCUGCCACCCCUCAGUCUCUGAGCUGGGUCCUUCCCACCCACUUCCCAAGCUCCAAAUAUGUAGCAGUCUUUACAGAUGGUUGUGAGCGGAGACGAGGAAACCGCCCCCCUUCCCCUCUGCCUCCCUUCCCACCCUCUUCAGGUUUAAGUCAAAAAUGUAGAUCCUCAUGAUGCACUUUACAGAUGAGGGGGGGCCUCAGAGAGAUCUGUGCACCCCAGGCUGGCAGGACACACCAAGCCCCAGAUCAGCACGGACCAGGGGGACCCCCACCAAGGGACAGCUGGCUCUUCCACAUCUGUCCUUUUUCUCCUCUUGGUCUCUUUUUUCCGUUUUCCUUUUUUCUGGAAAAGCAAAGCCGUUUCAGGGGAGAGGCCGGCACCACCUGCCUUGGGAUUGGGCUGGGGUUGUAGGGAGGGAACGUCCCACCGCUGGCCUUUGCCCACCACACACUGUGUGAUUUCCUCCGAUGCCACCUCCUGCCCCACCCCGCCCCACCCCUUUUUUUCUGAGCUUGGAGUAUUUAUAGACUAUUAAUUUCUGACUGAGCCAAUAGGUUGGGAAUCUCUUGAGAAAAAUGUCUGGGGGGGGGCGGCGAAGACACCCCCCCCACCAUCCUUCUUGGCCCAACCUGAGGGAUCUGGGACCUUGGACUAUGUCUGGGGGUGCCCUCUGGCAGCCGGAUUGGGGAGGGGGGUGCUGAGCUGUGAAUCCCCCAGCAGGGGCAAAGCUGUGUAGCAUUAACCCCCUUGGGGGGGGAAAUCGCUGCUGGUCUAAUUUGGACCCUCCCCACUCGUGCCCGAGGGGGCCAAGGGGCAGGCCCCCCUCCUGGGCCAUUUCAAUAGGGUGGAAUGGUUUUCCUUUACUUUUUUUACUGAUAAUGGAGAUGUUUGGGCCCUGCCCUACCCACCUGUCAGUCUUGUCCUGGCCCCACCCCACCUACCUACCCCCUCCCUUGUUUUCCCCUUAGGUGAGCCCCAUCCUCACACUUCCCUUAUGUGUUAAAGUUAAUGGUUUCAGAUGUGAACAUCACGUGUUAACUGUAGCUCUGUAAAUUUUUUUGGGGGGGUGGGCAGGGAGGGAAGGUCAGAGGGUAGGGGGUCAAGGUUUGUUUGUUUACUUUUGUUUUUAUUUUCCAAAAAAAGAAAAAAGGGGUGGGUUUGUUUUUGAAGAACUGUCUUGGAUACCUAUUUAAAUGUGUGUUCUUUUUUGUUUUUUUAACAAUUUUUAAAAUAACGUUUGUGCCUCCCUGGGUCUGAGGGUGGAGGCCCCAGGCAGGAACCAGCCCACCCCCUCUGCCUUUGCCAGGGCCCCCCAAGAAUGCAUUACCCGCCCCUGGGGGGGGGUUGGGCUGUGGGAUAUCCCCACAGUGCUGAGUUUCCUGUAUGAAAACAUAAAAUUGGAAAAGAAAAAAAACUUACACAGUGAUUUCAAGUAAUAAACAGAAAAUGAAACUACUGAAUGGCGUACAGUGAAUGGAAGGGGUCUUGGCCUCGCUGGAGGGAGAGCCACUCAGGAUGGCCUUCGGGGCAGCCUUUCAGGCCUGGGAAUGAUGUGCAUGGGGGGGCCUCCCAGGGAGGGAGUUACCCAGUGGGCUAAUGCAGUGACCCACUUCCUUGGGGCAUGGGAAGUGUGUCCCAGCAGGAAGGGGCACAUAUGGGAGCUUUCACACUCCCUCAUGGCUUGGGUGAGGGUGAGCAGGAAGUUGCCUGGAGGGGGAGGAAGGGCUGUAGGCCAGUCACUUCCCGGUACCCAGGCCGGAAGUCCUGCAGGGUGUGGACAAGGGGCUGCCCGUCUGCUGUGUGCCUUGGGUGGGGCCUCAGUCCUCUUUGUUCCCAGUCCUAUAAAGGGGGCUGUGGAUGAGUCCUUUCCCACCCAAGCUCCCAGGAACCACCCGGCUCCCAGAAUCCCUGAUCCUAUUCAAGUCCAGAAUCAAACCAGGGGACCUGGUGCUAGUGUCCAAGGUCUCCUGGCAUGGCCUGACCAGGCCUGGGUGAAGUUUGGCCUUGCGUUCUAACGCUCCCCAGCCCUAACCUUCAUCAAGCCUCCAGGCUUUUGUCUGGUCAUGCCCUACGCAGGCACACCUCUCACCAGACAGCCUGGUAACUUCCUCAGUUUGUAUCUUCUCCCUACUCCCCCAUGUCUAUCUGGGACUCCCAAGGGGCCUGGCCUAGGAAGAGUCUCCCUGGGUCUCCAUCCACUUUGGGGCUGAGCACAGAAAGGACAAUCACACUACUUUAUGCAUAUAAUUCCCGACUUAAGUACUGCCGGUUAAGAGAACUAUAUUCCCAUUAUAGGUGAGGAAACUGAGGCCCAGAGAAACAUCACUAGUCCCC